GUCAGCGCAGGCAGGGGCCUCGCGGCUCGCGGUCCCUCCCGGCAUGGCCAGACGCUCGGCCAGCCGCGGGCCGGCGCGGAGAUGCUGCUCCCGGCCCUCGCUCCGCUGCUCGGGCUCCUCCUGCUGCUCCCAGGUGAGCUGCUCCCAGGUUCUACAACUUCCACAAACUCCUCCACCCCCGCUGGAACAGGUCCAUCCCAACCAACAGCACCCAGCCCUGAAGCCAAGAACCACAGCUCAGAGCCAUCAGUAAAGCCAACACCACUGACCAACCUGAGCCUCACCUCUGUGGGUCAAACUACUACAGUCAAACCCUCUCCCACCACUACAAGAAACCUGACAGCAGCCACUGAGCGAGAUGAAAAGUCCAGUGGAAACAGAAGCACGGCAGCUCCUCCAACACCUCGAGGUCAGGAUCCCAUGAGGAACGAGAGCACCACAGCAUCAGCGACUCAAGGUGCUUCCUCCUCACAGAGAGGUGCCUCAGAACCCAUCACCCCAACACCCAACUCCUCCAGCCAAUUGCCCGAGCCCACCCCGACAGACGAGAAAUCACCACUGACGGUGGCAGCUUUUGGUGUCAUCAGCUUUGUCGUUAUCCUGAUAGUGGUGGUCAUCAUCCUGGUCAGCGUGGUCAGCCUGAGGUUCAAGUGCAACCACUCCAAGGACUCGGAAGACAAACAGAAACCAGGAACUUCCAUGGUAUCAGAGAGCUGCUCAGCAGACACGAGCCAGAAGGGGAACAGCAUCACUCUGAUCUCCAUGAAGAACAUCAACACCAACAACAGCAUGAACUACCCCCCAUCAGAAAAGGUGCUAUGAAGCCAAGAGCACAGAGCUUGAAGCUGACGUGUGACAACCAGCAGUGGCUUUCUAGGUUAUUUUUAUUUUUCCUUCAGGGAAAGAGCAAGGGUGGACUUCAUAUAUAAAUUAUUAUGUCUUUUCUGAUCAGUACAUUUACACUAGUGUCCUACAUAGCUUCCCCACCUGGGGCCUAAGGGCUUUCUCCAGUUACAGCCUGCCACUCUCGGUGGUUGAUAUCUAACUCUAUUUUUGAUAUGCCUUCAAAAACUCGGAUAAUUCCAGCAGCAAGAAGCACCAAGGCACCAUCCACUCCACUAAUAAAUCUCUGCCUUAGAUGGCCUUUAUAGUCUGUGCCAGGCAGUCACGGGCUCAUUAAUCAGCAUAGCCCCACGUGGAGCCAGACCUGUGUGUUGGGAAAGCCUGAACCGAAGCUGAAGAUCUGAUGGGACUUAAAUGCCCAAGUUCUGGGUCAAAUCCCAGCACGACUGCUCCAAGCCCCUUAUGCCCGGUGCUCUCAUUGUCCCCACAGCAGUGGGAUGGUCACAUCCCCCUACCUCACAGGGUUGUUGUGAGACCUCGUUAAUCCCUGGCUGUAAAGCAUUUGGAGAGCUGUGAAUUAAAGCUGCUGCUGAAAUUCAAAUUGC